AUGGCCGGUUGUGAUGUCAUAGGUGGCUGUCCUAGCGAUUACGUCGCCCUUUCCGUCGCUAUCCUCUCAUUCGUCUUCCUUUUUCUGAGGUCGACUUUACCCUUUUUGAUUCACAAGGUUCCUCGACCUAAAGGAAGUAGUUUUUGGAUCCCGGCAAUUCAAAUCAUAGCAAGCUUCAAUCUUUUGCUGUCACUUGCGAUGUCUCUUAAUGUUGUGAGGUUUCACAGGAGACACUGGUGGCAAUCCUGCUAUCUCUGGGGAGUUUGGGUUAACGGUCCACUAGGAUUUGGGUUGCUAUUGAGUUGUCGGAUUAUACAAGCUACCCACUUGUAUUCCGUUUUUGUCAAAAGGCGUCUCUUUCCUAUAAGAUCGUAUAUUAGUCUUCCACUUGCUCUUCUGCCCUGGGUUGCCUGGGCUGCACUUCUUCACAUGGAGCAGCCUCUAAAUAAUCGCUGCCACAUGGGGACUCGAUGGGCUGUUCCCUAUGUAUGCUUCCCUGUGUUCUAUAUUGCUGCUUUGAUUGGUAUUACUGGAGCCAUUCAUCAUAUUGAGUUCAGAUUCGAUGAGCUCAAGGACCUUUGGAGGGCAAUACUCGUAACUGUAUUUUCUAUUGGUGUAUGGGUGGUUGCUUAUGUUUUAAAUGAGACACACGAGGAGGUCAUGUGGCUUCAAGUCACCACCAGAUGUGUGCUUUUAGUUGUGGCAAGUAGUCUCGUGGUGGCUUUCUUCUCAAUUUCGUUCUCUCAACCUCUGGUCUCGGUUAUGAGCUUAAACAAGAAAGAAAGUUUCGAAUUAAAGACGAUGGGUCAAGCUCUUGGAAUACCUGAUAGUGCGCAUUUAUCACAUAAUGAUCCAACUCUUGAUGUCGAUCCAAAUGAACCCUUGGAUAAACUUCUGUUGAACAAAAGAUUCCGCUGUUCCUUCAUGGAAUUUGCUGACAGUUGUUUGGCUGGGGAAAGCGUGCAUUUUUACAAUGAAGUAGAACAACUUGAAAGGAUACCCGUAAAUGAUCCUGUUAAAAGAAUUUACAUGGCACGGCACAUUAUCGAGAAGUAUAUAAACACAGGUGCACCGAUGGAGGUAAAUAUAUCUCACAGAACCCGACAAGAAAUUCUCACAACUCUUGAUCUUGCACACCCACAUCUCUUCAAAAAUGCAGUCAAUGAGUUGCUGCAGUUGAUGAACAUGAACUUGGCAAAAGAUUACUGGUCAUCCAUGUUCUUUUUGAAGUUCAAAGAAGAAGCUGCUAUGAGAAGUGUCGAUCAUGAACUUGAACAAGUAAAUGGUUGGAAUUUUUCUCCAAGAUUGAGCUCCGUUCAUUGUCCCGACGAUCCGUUCUACCAAGAUCACAUGCCUACCCUCGAUGCUCGUGGUCCACACCUACACUAA